GCUGUCACUACCAUAGUCUUCCUCAUGACACCCUUCCUCCGGCGACACCACAAUAAAUUCCGUUUUCGUUUCAUCCUGAAACUCUCUUUCUUCUCUUACAUAAUUACAUAAUAAAUGCUGUUUCAUUCCUUUUGCGUUUCUUGCCAUUCGUAACGCACGAGAAUUUAUGGACUCUCACGCAUCUCCCUUUCCCUUCAACUGACCUCGGUGAAGCCUUCCGCCAGCGUUGUUCAGAAUAACACCAUUGCCAACUGCACAUCUGUUGGUUUCUGAUCAUUGUUCAAAAAUAGAUGGAACCGAGUGAAACGACGUCGGAUUCAGUUCCGCGGAAAUUGGCAAGGCAAUUGGAUUUCACAGUCGUUUACAGAGAUCAUCCGCACCUGAAACUGCCUCCUCAAUCACUACCGCCGCAUUCACUUCUGCCACUCUCAUGGCAUCCUCCCUUGCAUUUAAAUUUGCAGACACCGGGGCAACGGCCAUGGUUAUGUUUGGAAUCACAGGAGCCACAGGAGCAACAGCCCUGGCUACAUUCACUGCGACCGAAGCUAGUUUCGCCGGUUGGUCGAUUUCCGCAGCCGGUGCAGAAACUUCCGGUUAAGGUGUUGCAAGAGGUGAAGUCAGAGUCUCCUAUAUCACAACGUCCAUUUAACGUGGAAUUAAAGGACACGACACCAAAGAAACAGAAACAAUGUAACUGCAAAAAUUCUAGAUGCCUCAAAUUGUACUGUGAGUGCUUUGCAGCUGGUAUCUAUUGUGAUGGCUGCAACUGUGUAAAUUGUCAUAAUAAUGAGGAUAAUGAGGCUGCCAGACAGGAGGCAGUUGGAAUAACAUUGGAAAGAAACCCAAAUGCUUUCAGACCAAAAAUUGCCAGCAGUCCUCAAGAACAACGAAAUUCCAAGGAAAGUGAAGCUCAAGUUAUAGGAAAGCACAAUAAAGGAUGUCACUGCAAGAAAUCUGGUUGCCUUAAGAAGUAUUGUGAGUGCUUCCAAGCCAAUAUCCUCUGCUCUGAAAAUUGUAAAUGCAUGGACUGCAAGAAUUUUGAAGGAAGUACUGAAAGAAGAGCAAUUUUUCACAGAGAGUAUAGUCUAGUUCACAUCAAACAGGGAACUAAUGCUGCUGUAACUGAAGUCGUUGGAUCAUCUGGCUAUAGAAAAUAUAUAACACCCAAGAGGAGAAAAAUUCAUGAAUCGUUUUCGGGAAAGUCAGCUGCGGAUCAAACUGUUAACACGACAGGCCAAUACCUACAGGAAACUGAUCGAAUGGCUUCGUCAUCUUCAACUCUGUCAUAUUCCUUUGUCUCUGACCAUGUCAACACAAGAAUUUCAGGGUCUUCAAGGUCUGUGUACCUGUCGGUAUUGGCAGAUGUCCUCCAGCCACAAAAUGUGAAGAAUCUCUGCUCACUUUUUGUUAUUCUCUCAGGAGUAUCUGCAAAGACUGAUGCAGAAGCGGAAGGGAAAAUAGAUCGACAAACAAAAGCUGAGAACUCUAAAGCUUCUGUUGCUUCAUCAGCUAAAUCGUUACAGGAAACUAAAGAUGGUCGCCAGCCCGUUUGUGAUGAUGACGUGAAUAAAGCUGUGGCAGAUGCAGUUGAUAUUGCAAAUUAUAAUAGGCCAUUGUCACCAGAAACACUGGCAUUGAUGUGUGAUGAACAGGACAACAUGUUUUUUGGAAAUACUUCUGCCGAUGGAGCUGCAUAUCAAAACAUGAUUCAAAAGUCAUUAAAUUCUGAUGAAAGCUCUGAUGCUUACGGAGAGCAGGAAAGACUUAUAAUGACCAAACUCUUGGAUGUUCUUCGCGAACUCGUUACUCUUGGUAGCAUAAAAGGUUAGGCUUUAGUGUCAUGGUGUUCUAGUCUUCACUAUUACAAUUUUGCUUGGCAGAAAUUAUCUGGGUGUUUUUCUGUUAAAAAUUUACUGUAAUAUUCUAUAAAUAGUCAUUGGAAAAAGUCCCGUCUGAAUGACA